AUGGAAAUGAGCAACAGGUCCCUGCACAACCCCUCCAUCCUUCACACGGAGUUCAACCCAUUCAGUGACUUUAUGGACGAGAAUGAAACAAACCUCACCAUCGGAGAGCGAAACUCUUCGGGCUGCGUGCAGAUCCGCAUCCCCCAGGAGCUCUUCCUGGCUCUGGGGCUCAUCAGCCUGGUGGAGAACAUCUUGGUGGUUCUGGCCAUCAUCAAGAACCGCAACCUGCACUCGCCCAUGUAUUACUUCAUCUGCUGCUUGGCCGUGUCCGACAUGCUGGUCAGUGUAAGCAACGUGGUGGAGACCAUCUUCAUGCUUCUCAACGACCACGGCCUGAUGGACGUGCACCCCCGCAUGCUGCGCCACCUGGACAACGUCAUCGACGUGAUGAUCUGCAGCUCAGUGGUGUCCUCGCUCUCCUUUCUGUGCACCAUCGCCGCGGAUCGCUACAUCACCAUCUUUUACGCGCUGCGUUACCACAGCAUAAUGACCACGCAGCGCGCAGUCACCAUCAUCGCGGUGGUGUGGCUGGCCAGCAUCACCUCCAGCAUCCUAUUUAUCGUGUACCACACCGACAACGCCGUCAUCGUGUGCCUAGUCACCUUCUUCUGCACCACCCUGGUGUUCAACGCCGUGCUGUACCUGCACAUGUUCCUCCUGGCGCACGUGCAUUCCCGGCGCAUCAUGGCUUUCCACAAAAGCAGGCGUCAGUCCACAAGCAUGAAGGGAGCGAUCACCCUCACCAUCCUGCUCGGGGUGUUCAUUUUAUGCUGGGGUCCCUUCUUCCUCCACCUCAUCCUCAUCCUCACCUGCCCCACCAGCCCCUUCUGCAACUGUUUCUUCCGAAACUUUAACCUUUUCCUCAUCCUCAUCAUCUGUAACUCGCUCAUCGAUCCGCUCAUCUACGCCUACCGGAGCCAGGAGCUGCGUAAAACCCUGCAGGAGCUGGUCCUGUGUUCCUGGUGCUUCGGCGUGUGA